GCAUUUAGGAGGAGUCUCGGCUUCCUCGGGUCUCACUUUUGAUUUGACAACUGACGAUUCGCGUGCACAUGACACACACGUAGGAGAAGAAGACCGGCGCGUCUUAGUUCCUGUCUGCAGGGAUAAAAAAAAAAGCAACAACAAGAAGAACAAGAAGAACAACCAAAACAAUAAACUAUGGAAAGAAGGACGAACUUUGGGGACGUUUUUCACAAAACUCUGAGCGUCUCGGGGAAAAAGAUGGACUCGUUGCGCGCUCCGGGAUCCGAGCUGCCGUGCAGAGACCACCAGUCGCCGCUCGGAUCUUUCGACCCGGCCGACUCAGACCCGCUGCAGGUUGUGGGAGGAGGAGUGGGGUCUCUCGGGCUGCCUGGCGGAUCCAUGCGGGCGCCGUACGGCGUUGGAGGCGAGGGCGCGAGUGGACAGAGCAGUGGCGGCGAGCAAAGCCCAGACGACGACAGCGACGGCCGGUGCGACAUGAUGCUCCUGGCGACCUCCCGCGACCCGCGGACGUCUUCCGCGGCAGCGGGCGCGUCGGGCGCCAAGUGCGAAACGGGACCCAAGAAGAACCGCGAGCAGAAGAUGCUGCGGCUCAACAUCAACGCGCGCGAGCGGCGGCGGAUGCACGACCUGAACGACGCGUUGGACGAGCUGCGGGCGGUCAUCCCUUACGCGCACAGCCCGUCCGUGCGCAAGCUCUCCAAAAUCGCCACGCUGCUCCUCGCCAAGAACUACAUCCUCAUGCAGGCGCAGGCGCUGGAGGAGAUGAGGCGGCUCGUGGCGUACCUGAACCAGGGCCAAGCCGUGUCGCUCGCGCCGAGCCUGGGCGCUUACGAGCAGCCGCCCGCCUACCCCCCGUUCCCCGCCGGGGCCGCCGCGGCCUCUUCGUGCCCCGACAAAUGUGCCCUUUUCAACAGCGUCACCUCCAGUCUGUGUAAACAGUGUACCGACAAGCCUUAAAACGCACACACACACGCACGCACACGCACACACACACACACACACUUACACAUACACACAGUAAGACUGAAACUGACGCCUGUAGGCUGCAUUUUAUUUUCCAAACCCGGAUAAAGGAGAACUUUUCUUACAUCGACUAGGAUUUCAGCAGCUUGGCCGCUGAUUCAGCAGUUUGUUGGUGUUUUUUUCUUUCAUUUCUUUUAUUUCUUUUUGUUCAGAUACUUAUGAGUGCGUGUGUGUGUGCGCGUGCGCGCGCGCGUGUAUAUAUAAGUAAGUAAGUGCUGGUGCGAGUGAACUGAAAGCAAAAACAAAGUCUAUGUGUGAUUGUUGAGAAUAAUGGACAGUUUAUGGAAAUAUGGACCCUGACCCGGUGAGCGGUUCCGACCUGGCAACAUGUGAGCAUUCCUUUUUCCUUUGCCUGCACGUUUCUUUUGGGAAAUCUCUGGUUUCAUGGCUGUCCUGCAAUAAUAAUAAUAAUAAUAAUAAUAAUAAUAAUAAUAAUAAUAAUAAUUUAUAUUAUUAUUUAAAAUAAUAAUAAUGUUAUUAUUAUUAUUAUAAUGUGAUGUUUAGGAAUUUCGCGUGCGUUCUGCUGACUUGGAAAGCAAAAGAGCCGAAAGGACAGAAUGGACAUUGUCUUUUGUCACAGUAUUUGACGUGUUAUAAAAUGCAGGCCUGUUUGUUUGAGUCGCAGAAGUUGAUUUUGGUUGGAAUUGUCUCGGUCUGAGAUCCGAUUAUCCGCUGCACAGAUUUAUUCCUUUCUUUUCGAUCCUUCUUUUCUUUCACUCCCACUCUCAUGCAGCAGGCUGUGAAUGAGAUUUCGGCUUGGACUUGUUGUCAGGUCAUCAUACUGAGCACUACUGCAAAUACCUACUUCCGGUUCACUCGGACUGCACAGGGCCAUGUGUAUAUGUUGAUGCCAUGGAUAAAAAAAAAAGAAGCUUUAUUAAAAUAUUUUGAUCAAAACUUACUCUUUUUUUCUGAUGCUUGUUUGUUGUUAAGGAAUGCCAAGCUGGAUGGCCAGGUG